AAGGUGUGUCCUCUCUAGUGACAAUGACAUCUACAGAGACUGAGAUGAGAUGAGAUUUAGAGGCAGGUUUUGUCUGGAAAGCGCAUGUUAUUUGCUUUGAUUGGAGCGCAGACUCAAUCAGUUCAGUUCUUCACCACAGACACACCUGACAGGAGUUGUAUUUCACACGAGCGUGUAAGAGAAGGAGAUCUGUCCUCAUGAGAACACCUCUAAUGUUCCUGCUCCUGUAUGUGGGAGUGAUGGCUUUCGGCAGCGUAUGUUCAGCAAUGCAGAGUCAAACCAGUGGAACCAGUGCUGGACUUACAGCAGAACAGUGCCCUGAUUUGGACGGUCCCACGCAGAGCUUCCUGACGUGUGCAGGCGUCCCAUCGGAGCCUGACGCAGACCACAUCCUGAACCUGAAGGGACUCAUCAGCGCCACUCUGGACGUCUACUCCUUCAUGCGCUCCAGCGUGGCCGGCGUGCCGGUCGUGGAUCUGUCGGGAGGCUUCAGUAUGAGCGAGGAUCACGUGAUCAGAGCGUGGCUGGACAUCAAACUCACUCCUCUGCUGUCGUCCAUCUCCAGAAACUUCCUCACAUGCCUCAGCAACAGAAACCUCAGCUGCAGCGCCUACCAGACUGUUGUAAAGGAGUUGAGUCAGCAUUUCUCCGGUCUGGAUCCAGUGCGACAGAAGUGGAUCUAUUCUUUCUUCAUGUACCCGUUUCUCUCUAGAAACACAUCCUCGGGUUGUGUAGAUCUGCAGGACAGCACUGAGGACUGGCUCCUGAAGAACUUCGGCUCGUUUUCGGUCAUGGCUCAAGUGCGAGACUUCACAUCCAUCAACGUGCUCUUCAGCGGGCUGGAGGUUUUGCAUCUCUUGAGUCCAGAACAGAAGGCAGAGCUUCUCCUUCAUCCGGAGGUGGUGGGCUUGACAGACAGCUCCCUCAGCCUGGUGUUUCAGAGUUUGCUUUCCUCUCUGAUGCCCUCCGAGGAUCCAUGGCCUUCAAAUAACAGCACAGUGUUUUAUAUGAGCACCGUUCCAUCCGCCUCACCUCAAGACCCUCUCGGACAGGCGUUGAAUGGAUUCAUGACGGCAUUUAGUCCUGUCGGGAGUUUUGUUAGACAGUUUGUGUCCUUGACGCAGGAGCAAAACUUGAACAGCAUGCGGAGCACCACACUGGUGCAGGCCAUGAUCAACCUGACGCUCGCCGAGCUCGCUGCGCCGUUCAAGCACAAUCACAGCCAACAGCUGGUCACUUUUGACCCCAUGAACGUUAACGACUGGUUCACGCAUGUGGUUUCUCCCGUAAUCCGGCGAUUCCUUCCUCCCGGCCAGAUAGAAAUCCACCCCAACCUCACGGCUGUCUUCCAUAACCAGUUCUACAUUGAGACGGGGAUGGGAACUGGAGCCCAGAAUGAAAGUCAGGACAUCUGCAGCGUCUUUAUUGAUAAUAGAACAUGUGGGCUGACGGACCUGGUGGAACAUGUGGCCACUGUCCUGCACUGCGCAGCACGCUCGAACCUCACGCUCAACGAGGAGACGCUCUCGAGUGUCCUCCUGCAUCUCUCCCAGAACCUCAACGCUCUACUGCAGCAGCUCUCCAUGACCAACUUCAGUUCCCAGAGUUCCCCCUUCAGUGACAUCCUGGACCAAAUGGUUCAUGACACCUUGACGAUGAGCAACUUGCAGGAUGAGUCGUUUGUGAGAUUGUGGUUCCAGAUCAAGUUAAAGCCUCUUCUCUCCACGCUGACUCCAGAAUAUCUCACGUGCCUCAGUCACAAAGAGUUCAGCUGCCAGACCUUCCAGAUACUUGUUUCAGAGCUCAGUGCCAACAUGUUCCUGAUGCAUGAAGAAGAAGGUGUGCAGGAUGUUUAUCAGUAUUUCAUCUCAUCCUUCCUGAGCCGACAAAAUGUUUCAGGUGGCUGCCCAGCAGAGAACAGCAGCAUCUGGGUUACUCUGAAUCUUGGUGGAUUUUCAGAGUUUGCAGCAUUGAGGGAAAUGUACCAGCUGAACCAAGACUUCAACGCUAUAGAUGCACUGGUGGUUCUCUCCCCCAGACAGACAGCUGAACUCAUCGUUGAGGAUUUUGCAGGUCUGCCAGAGAAAAGCAUCAUCAUAAACAUGGUUUUUGAUCACAUCCUGGUUUCUCCUGAAGACCGUGGACUGCUCGAGAUGCUUGGAUAUCUCAUCCCGCUCGCUGGACAGAUGGGUUUGGAGUGCUCAUCAUACCAGCAGAUGGUUCAGAGGCUGCAGGAGUCUGUGGUUCCUCCACACAUGAUGCAGCCCAUCAGGAACUACACGAGUCAGCUGGAACACAUGGCACCUCCUGGCUGUUUUCCUUCACCUGUUACGUGUAUUUCAACACCAAUCAAUGAAACCUCAAUUUGUGAUGGGAUCAGCAGUAAUGAGACUCUGCUGUCCGCUGGACUCGUGAGCGCCCCCUGUAGUGUGGACCUGCAGCAGUGCGCUUGCUCUUCGCUCACAGGCUUCACUGCUGGAAACCUGGCUGGACUCCUGAAGUGUCAACUAUCCAGCAGCAGAAGUUACUCCACGGAGAUCUGGAAACUGCUUCUCAGCAAAGCAAAUGAUGUUCUGGACGGAGCCCUCGUCAUCUUCUCCAGCGCAGCAGCAAAUAUGUCUCAGCCAAUCAGAGGUGAUGUCGUGUCCCAAGUGCUGGAUGUGAUUGGAGAGCUGAGACUGGAGCGCAUCAGUCCUGACCGAUGGCGAGACCUCCCUUUCAUCAGCAUGUUGUUGGGUCAAUAUCUGAAGCCGUUUUUACCGUUUGCGUCAUCAUCCCUACUGCUGUGCACUAGCAGCAAAAACCUCAGCUGCCAAACUUACCAGCACAUUCUGUCAGAGCUCACACUCGUCAAUGAGACUCAAGGAAGAAACAUGGUGAACUUCUUCAUUCUGCCCUUCCUCAGAAGAAACACAACAGAUGCGGGCUGUGUGUCGACUGCUAACAACAGUGUUGAGUGGCUGCAGAAGAACUUUGGCCCGUUCUCUCAGUUUGUGCCUCUCACAGAUCUGCUCUCCAUCAACAGACUUUUUGAUCCCUUGAAGACCCUGGACAGUCUCACUCCAAAGCAGGUGGCUGGACUGAUGGUUGAAGAUCUGCCUGGUCUUCCACCGAAGGAUGUCGUCAUCAAUCGAGUGUUUGAUCAUCUGCUCGUGUCUCCUGUGGAGCGAGGACUUCCUGAUGUUCUUGAGCUCCUGUAUUCCUUCUCUAUAGAGAGUCCACUCAGCUGUCAAACCAACCAGAUCAUCUUCACGAGGCUGGAGCAGAUCUUGAGCUCAGGAGCGGGUGAUCUGGAGCCCGUCAUCUGGGCCAGCGUUUAUAAGUUCAGCCGCACGGCUCCUGCAGAUUGCGCUCUUCUCCCAGUCGUGAAUGAGUGUCCCGUGACUCCAUUCAACGAGACUCAGGUGUGCAGUGGAGUGGACAGGUCUGCAUUACAGCAGUGCACACGCACUGGACUGCUGUGUGGCUUGAGUAUCGCAGAGCAUGCAUGUGCCCCGGUGCUGAAUGUGAGUCUGGAGUACCUGGUCUCACUGCUGGACACGUAUCUGUCUGAUCAAAUCAUAAGGUCACCUGAAAGCUGGAAACUGCUCCUGACCAGAGUCUCACACCUGCUGGACGUCGCCCUCGAGCAGCUCUCCAACCAGUCGGUGUGGGGGAGCAGCGGCUCUGCUCCAGUGGUUCUGGACGUCCUGCGGGAGCUGCGGCUGGACAGACUGACGGACGAGAGCGCCGCUGCGCUGUGGCUGGACAAACACCUGCGAGCGUUCCUGCCGAGCGCGUCCAGCACCUUCCUGCAGUGUCUGCACAGCAAGAACUUCAGCUGCCAGAGCUUCCAGACAGUGGUUGGAGCGUUCGAUGCAGGAUUUCCCCGUAUGAGUGACAUUCAGCGCCGAUUAACCGUGUCAGACUUCAUGGUGCCGUUCCUCUGGAGAGCAGGUGCGGCGUGUGUGUCCAACAACAGCUCUCAGUGGCUCAUCAGUAACUUCGGACAGUUCUCUGCCCUCGUUCCUCUGAAUCAGCUGAUCUCGCUCAACCCACAGUUCAACCCGAUGAGCAGCCUGCUCUAUCUCUCUCCAGAGCAGCUGGUCGGGCUGAUGUUUGAUGAUGUUCCUGGUCUUCCAGAGAAAAGUGUGGUCAUCAGUGCAGUGUUCGAUCACCUGACCGCGUCUCCACAGAGAGAGAGGAUCGUCUCCACGCUUCCCAUCAUGGUGGAGUCAUCAAAGAUGAGGAACGUCUCCUGCGCCUCAUAUCAGAUCAUCUUCCACCGUCUGGAUCAUCUGAUGGUCAGCGUGCUGGUGGAUCUGGAGUCAGUGAUUGUGAGGACUAAAUCAGCUCUUCUUCAGAACGUGCCGCAGGGUUGUGUGAGCUCCAGCAGACAGUGUGGCGUCACAUCAGUAAACGAAACAUCAGUGUGCGGGAGCGUCAACAGCGCUGUUGUGUCGGCGUAUCUCGGCUCGUCUCAUGAUGGCGGUCGGCUCUGUGAAUUCAGCAUCACACAGUACGCUUGUGCAGAGUUGACAGACCUGAGCUCGCAGCACCUGGCGACGGUGUUGUCAUGCGGUCUCAAUGGGAAUGAGAACGUGUCCGAGGAGACGUGGAAACUCUUGACGCAGAAGGUGAACCCUGUGCUGGGUCCAGCGCUCGACCUGCUCGCCCACACGAGGCUGAAUAAGUCCCACCCCUCAGUCUCAUUCUUGAAUGUGAUUGGAGAGGUCACUCUGAGCUCCUUCAGCUCCACCAAUCUGAGAGAUGAUUUGUUCGUCCAGCGCUGGUUUGACUUCAGGCUCCGCCCAUUUUUACCCUACGCCUCCGAGACAUUCCUGUCCUGUCUGUCCACCAGAGACUUCAGCUGUGACACCUACAGGAGUGUUGUCGGGAGCCUCAGUCAGAGUUUUGGCGUCAUGUCCACCGAUACACAGGCUAACAUCUACGUUGACUUCAUCAAAGUCUUCCUCUCUCAGAACAGCACUGCAGGGUGUGUGGACGUCUCUCUGAGCAGCUCUGAUUGGCUGAUCAGCAGCUUUGGACGUUUCUCUGUUUUCACCACAGUUACUGACCUGCAGACGCUGAACCCCAGCUUCAAUGUGCUGGACACUCUGAGUCUUCUGAGCCUGAGGCAGUUAGUGGAGGUUUCCAGCACUCCUGGACUUCUGUCCAGCACCGCUGCGGUCAAUAAUCUGCUGCUCUACGUGCCGGACACUCAAUUCACCGAGUUCUUCUCAUCCCUCUCCGAUACGCUUCAGACGCAGGGCGUGGUUCUCCCGUCCCCCGUGCAGGAGGCGGUUCUGCAGCAGGUGUUUAACAGGGCCAAUCUGACCACAUCAUCAGACACUGAUCUACAGUUCUGGAUCCUGAACAUACUGCCGUCCUUCAUAGCCAACAUUACAGUCCAACACGUGACGUCCUACUUCAGCAUCGUCCAGCAGCGACCCUGUCCCAUCAGCCAGCAGGCGGUGCAGCUGUUAAACUCCUCUAGCUCCACCUUCCAGCCGGAGACACAAGAUCAGAUCUACCAGCUGAUCCUCGGCUCUCUCACAGGCCCCGCCCCGCUGCGCUGCUAUGGUGACCAGAGCUACUAUGCUUUCCUGAGCUCCUCCUUCAUGAGUUUCCAGUUCCCCGAUCUGACCACCUUCCUGUCUCUGAUGCCGCCGGCCCGUGUGCCAGAGCUGAUGGAGUCGGUGUCUCCAGCGGAGGUCAGCAGUCUCCUCAACCGGCCCAACGCUGUGGACGAUGUUACCCAAAUCUGCCGGUUUUUCAGAAUUUACCCAAAGACACCCCAGUACUUACAGACAGAGCCGCUGUUGCCCGUGGGUUUGGCCCGGCAGGUGUUGUCCUGCGUCUGGCCUCAGGUUCUGAAGCUGGACGUCCAGUCUGAGGUGAUUCAGUGGUUUGAUCUUCGACUGGUUCAGUACCUGCCUCUCCUCACCCCACAGUUCAUCGCUCCAGACGUCAUGCUAAACGCCUCCUGUCUCUCCUUCAAGAAGUUUGUUUCAGUGAUGGCUAAUUACAACUACACUGCAGCGGAGUUUUCUCCGAGUGACAUCUACAGCACCAUCCUGGUCUACCUCAACACCUCCUCAGAUUCAACUCCUAAAUGCUAUAACACCUCCAACCCUGAUCUCAGCUCCACCGCCUGGUUCGCAGACUACAUCUCCGUCUUCUUGAGCUUCGUCACACUGGACGACCUCCUCCAGUUUGGCUCCAUUCAGCCGUUCCUUGUGAACCUGGAGAACCUGCAGCUCUUCGGUCAGACCAGCGUUCCUGAUGACGUCAUGGAGUACUACGUGACCCUGCUGUUCGAGGCGAAUCCGUCCUUCAGCGCCUACUAUCUUCCUCAGAAGUUCCUCUGCUUGGCUCCUGCGAGCUCCUUCCUUCAGCUGAGUCUGGAGCAGCUGAAGAACAUCUCAUCCAGCGUCCAUCAGAACUGCACAGAUGUUCUACCUGAUGUGUCGGCGGCUCUGGCCAGUAACGCAGGGGAUCUGACGGUGAGCGCCAUCGAGGCUCUGGGUCAGUCGUCCACGGGUUUGAGCACGGCUCAGAUCAGCGGCGCUGGAGGGAACUUGCUGCUCAACACGCUCUCCGUGCUCAGUCUCGUUCAGGACUGGAACCUCGAUCAGGCCAUGAUGAUCAUCCAAACCCUGCUGUCGUCUGGAGUUUACCAGAUCACUCAUGCAGACAGUCUGCAGAAAUUGGGAUCACUGAUCAUUGGAGUUCAAUCAUCAAUCAUCAGAGUAAUCUCAGGAGAAAUCUUCCUUGAGGCAGUGAAAUCCGAACUGUUCGUGAGCAACAUCAUCAGCGCGCCUGUGAUCGUCCAGCGGACCAUCGUCAGCCAGAUCAUCGCUGUCAACAGCUCGUCCGACGCCAUCAUCACAAACGUUCCUGACGCCAUGGCGACGGAAAUCCCGCGUGUCUUCCUGCUGGAUGUGUCGCAGUCAUCCUCGGCUGUGCAGACGGUCAACCGGAAGAAAUGGAAACAUGAGCAGGCCGUUUUGAUCUUUGAAACCGUUGCCGCUCUGUUCAGCAACCCAGAUGACGUGUCCUUCCAGGUGCUGCAGGGCUUCACCUGUUCACGGAUCCAGAGCUUCAGCACUAGUAAAGUCCUGAGUCUGAUCCGCGGCUGCAGACGGCGAGUCAAUCAGACGCUCGUCCUGCAGGAGUCACAGCUGUCCUGCAUGUAUCACUACAUCAAGAGCGCCGAUCUCGCUGCCUUCUCCCAGUAUCCUGCUGAAGUGCUCAUCUAUUACAACUACUCGAUGAUCGACAGAUCUCAGUGCCGUUCGUAUUUCUCCUCUCUGGGAGCGGCCAACUUCUCCGUCCUGUCCAGCACACUGUCCUUCAAGAAGCAGGCGCUCUUCAACAACGCCAGGGGCUGUCUAGGCAUCUCAGGCGUCAGGAUCAGUCGGGAUCAGCUGGAUGUUUUGGGGAACAUGUGCUGCUUCCUGAGCGGCGAGUACAUCCAGAGCUCGGACCCGUAUGUGCUGGAGAAGCUCAAGCCGUGUGUGAAUCUAUCAGCUGAGCAGAUCUCUGCGCUGGAGAGCGUCCUGCUGGGAGGAAACACCAGCUACGGACCCUCAGACAGCUGGAACAGAACCACGCUGGACAGCCUGGACCCCCUGCCGCUGUACCUCACCGCCAACAUCUGGAGCAAAUUCUCACAGGUGAACAAGCAGAGGUUUCUGAAGACAUUCAUCCGUGACCUGAGGAAGAAUGAUAAAGCUUCAGAGAUGAAGAUCCUCAACAUGAUGAAUGAGGUCAACAAAAUCUCACGAGUCAAAAUCAAGAGAUCCGCUGAAACAGCAUGCACUGCGGGUCAGAUACUGCAGGCUCAGGUGUACAGCGACAUGUUUCCGUUUGCGUAUGAUGUGACGCAGUUUAACGCCUGCUUGAGUGUCCAAACGCUGAAGGACAACCUGGAGGCCGUGACUGACAGAGUUUACGACAGGAGCUACCAGCGGAUCAUUCUGGACAAACUCAACCAGGCGUAUCCAGGUGGACUGUCUGACGAGGUGCUGCAGGUUUUAGGCUCCGCCUCCCGCGUGGCCACACCCGAUGAUGUCAGAAAGUGGAACGUGACGAAAAUCGACACACUCUCGUCUCUGAUGAACCAACGCAACGGAGACUGGGACCCGGAGAUGGUCCAGCUGCUGGUCAGUAAGUAUCUGAGUGUGAAUGGAAACGCUCUCGGCAGUAACGAGCUGAACGUGCUGGGAGGAACGAAUCUGUGUGCGCUGAACAGCAGUGUGCUGAAGAACAUCACGGCCGCCAGCGUGGAGCGAGCUUCUGCUCUCUCUUUGACCAGCUGCAGCUCAGAGAAGAAGACGAUUCUGUUCAGUAUCGCUCAGAACGCAUUCAACACCAAAAACACACGCAGUACAAACACCAUCAGCAUCACGACAUACCAGAUGCUGCAGAACUACCUCGGCGGUGCUGAUGUGGCGUUCAUUCGUGCUCUUGUGAACUCCAGUGUGAAUAUGGAUGUGCUCACAUUCAUGAGUCUGAAGCAAAGUGUCAUCAACGUGCUGAUCGUGUCUGAGGUGAAGAGUCUGCUGGGUGUGAAUGUGGCUGAUCUGAAGACGUAUGAAAGCGCGGCACAGAUUCAGGAGUGGAUCAGGCUUCAGCGGCAGGUGGAUCUGGACACGCUGCAGAUCGGUCUGACGGGGGGCACGAACUCCAGCGUCACAGAAAGCACCGUCAGCACCACCACUACAGCCAGCAGCACUAAAGCACCGUCAGCCCAGACCAGCACCACAGCUGCUGGAUCCAGAGUCUGGUCACCUGUCUGCCUGCAGCUGCUCCUAUUGGCUGUUACCACGACGACACUGCAGCUGCUGCACUGAUGACAUCAUCAUCGUCUCUGUACUUCCUGUCUCUCGGUCUGUCUCGUAUUUAAAGAGUUUCCGCACUUUCACUUUUCAUGAAGCGACAUGAACUAUUUCUGUGUGGAACUGAUGACUAAAUCACUCUGCGGUCACAUCUGACUCGUUCAUAUGAAGUUAAUAAAUGAAAAGAUAAAUCUCAAAUACAUUAAAAUAACUUAAAAACAUCUCAGUAAUCAAUAUUUAUAAGUACAAGGAUUUCUGUUUGUAUACGUGAGAGAGACAGAAGCGUGAUCAUGAAGAUCAACACUGAAUCUCAUGUUACUCCAGGAGAAAAACUAAUGAAUGUCAUGUCAAACUGUGUAUGGAUUAAAGCAUAAGAUAUAUAAUUA